AUGGACGACCUCGCCCCUACAUCAGAAAUGGGAUCAGAUCCACCCCCACUCCAUAAUGUUUUGGCACAACCACCAAUCUCUUUCUUCUCUGGAAUGGAAACAAUGUUCAAAAAAAUGGCUGAUAGCAUAAAUCCGCAACAAAACUGUUCAUCUACCAUACCGACAGUUUUGGUAUCUUUCGACCCCGAUGUCCCUGAGUCUGAUAUUAGCAACUGGUGCGCAUUAAGCGAAAUGAUCAUAGAAAAAAGAAAAUUAGAAGGUGUUGACCUUAUCAUUGCACUAACUCAUUCCCUUAAGGGGCGUGCUGCUACCUGCCUUACAAAAAUACAACCUAACAAAAUUUCUUGGCCCACAAUUAAGGAAAUGCUUAUCUCAAAUUUUUGUAAACCUAUGAUGAUGCAAGAUCAUUUCGAUCAAAUAAUUAAGUUUCGCAUUUGUAAUAAAGAUAGUCCCGCUGAGGCCGGCUUGCGUUUAUGGCAGCUGAUUGAAAGAAUCCCUGAUGCCAAUUUACCCGAACACGUUAUCACUGGUUUUGUGGUCUCUGUUUUAUCCGAAUGUGACGACAAAAUUCGUCGUGAAUUAAAUUCAGUUGUCGUAAACGAUAAGCAUCAACUUUUUCGUAUCUUGCGGGGAAUUUCACUUAAAAGAUGCAAUGAGGAGUCCGUCUCAUCAGAAAUAGAACACAAGAAAAUUCGAACGUCCACAAUGUUUAAGGGUAGUUGCCACUUCUGUGGAAGAGUUGGACACCGCGGUUUCGAAUGUCGUGACAAACAUCGUUUCACUAAUAAAAAUAUCUCUGUCUCACAUAAACCCGAGCAAAGGAAGACGAUGACAUCCUGCUACAUCUGUCAUGACACCAGCCCCAUAGCCAGCAACUGUCCUAAGCGACCUGUCAAGAAAGAAGACGCCCCAUCGGGCAGUAAGCAAGUCAACCUGUGCUCCAAGGCAGCUCGCGGUACCCUGGAAACUAGUGGUAUGAAGUUGUCGUUUAUUUUUGACUCUGGUUCAGAAUGUAGUCUCAUUAAACAAAGUAAAAGUGAUCACCUUGAGGGUUAUAGGUUUCAUGAUCAGAUUCUAUUAAAGGGUAUAGGGGUCAAUAGCAUUAUAUCUCCUUUGCAAGUAAGAUGCUCGCUUUGCAUUCAGGGUUUGCCUUUAAAUGUAACUUUUCACGUAUUACCAAACGAAUGUACAAACAAAGAGGUUUUGUUAGGACGUGAUAUAUUGCAAAACGAAGUUUCUGUGGAAAUUAAUAGUAACUCAAUACAUUUUUUCAAGCCCAAGAUAACAAAUUUCUGUACAAAGCUGAACAAUGGACUACAAACUAUUGAUACUGACUUAACAGGCUCCGAUAAAGAAAAGCUUAUUAGUAUUUUAAAUAAGUAUUCCAACAAUUUUAUUAACCAGCUACCAACCACGCAGGUUACCACUGGCGAGUUAAAAAUUCAACUUAUUGACCCAAGCAAAAUAGCUCAUAGGCGACCUUAUAGACUAUCUCCUUUGGAGUUGGAAAUCGUUAAUAAUAAAGUCAAAGAACUAUUAGAUGCAAAUAUUAUCCGAGAAAGUUCUUCACCCUUUGCAAGUCCCACAUUGUUAGUAAAAAAGAAAGAUGGUAGUGAUCGUUUGUGUGUUGAUUAUCGGGAGUUGAAUAAAAAUACGCGUUCUGAUAGCUACCCACUUCCAUUGAUUAGUGACUAA